AUGGAGGAUGACGAGUACGAGGAGGGGAUGGAGAUGGGCUACGGCGGGCAUCACCAGCACGGCGGCGGCCACGCGGGGUACGGCGCGGAGGAGGACGACGAGAUGGGGUACGGCGGCGGGGGCGGGGACGGGGACGAGAUGGAGGAGGCGGCGGAUGGGGACCCCGAGCAGCAGGAGGAGAUCACGCAGGACGACGCCUGGGCCGUCAUCUCCGCCUACUUCGAGGAGAAGGGCCUCGUGCGCCAGCAACUGGACUCCUUCGACGAGUUCAUCCAGAACACCAUGCAGGAGAUUGUCGAUGAGUCCGCCGACAUCGAGAUCCGCCCCGAGUCGCAGCACAACCCCGGCCGCCAGGCCGAGUUUGCCGAGACUCUGCACAAGAUUAGCUUUGGUCAAAUUUAUCUCAGCAAGCCGAUGAUGACUGAAGCCGAUGGAGAGACAGCUACUUUAUUUCCAAAAUCAGCAAGGCUCAGGAACUUGACAUACUCUGCACCACUGUAUGUUGAUGUGUCUUACAGAGUAAUGAAGAAAGGACAUGACUGUGAAGAAGUUACAGAGACUGCAGAGUAUCCCAAAGUGUUUAUUGGGAAGGUUCCAAUCAUGUUGCGUUCUAGUUACUGCACACUGUAUCAACAAUCUGAGAAGGAUCUCACUGAACUUGGGGAGUGUCCUUAUGACCAAGGUGGUUAUUUCAUUAUCAAUGGAAGCGAAAAGGUUCUUAUUGCCCAGGAGAAGAUGAGCACCAACCAUGUCUAUGUUUUUAAGAAGAGGCAGCCUAACAAAUUUGCAUAUGUGGCUGAAGUCCGUUCCAUGGCUGAGAACCAGAACAGACCAGCCAGCAGCAUGUUUGUACGGAUGCUUUCGCGAGCAGGAGCAAAAGGGGGAUCAUCUGGUCAAUAUAUCCGUGCUACUCUGCCUUAUAUUCGCGCGGACAUUCCCAUUAUCAUUGUAUUUCGAGCAUUAGGAUUUGUUGCGGACAAGGAUAUACUGGAGCAUAUAUGUUAUGACUUUUCUGAUACACAAAUGAUGGAAUUGCUACGCCCCUCCCUGGAGGAAGCUUUUGUCAUUCAAAAUCAACAGGUUGCUCUGGACUACAUUGGAAAACGUGGCGCAACAGUUGGUGUCACUCGAGAAAAGAGAAUUAAAUAUGCAAAGGAAAUACUUCAAAAGGAAAUGUUGCCUCAUGUUGGUGUUGGGGAAUUCUGUGAAACUAAGAAGGCAUACUAUUUUGGGUAUAUUAUUCACCGCCUACUGAUGUGCGCUCUUGGUCGAAGAGCUGAGGAUGACCGAGAUCAUUAUGGAAAUAAAAGACUAGAUCUUGCUGGUCCACUGCUUGGAGGGCUGUUUAGAAUGCUUUUCAGGAAGCUAACAAGGGAUGUGAGAUCUUAUGUGCAAAAGUGUGUAGAUAACGGAAAGGAAGUUAAUUUGCAAUUUGCUAUCAAAGCAAAAACUAUUACCAGUGGCUUGAAGUACUCUCUUGCUACUGGAAACUGGGGACAGGCUAACCAAGCUGGAACCAGAGCAGGGGUUUCUCAGGUGCUUAAUCGCCUGACCUAUGCUUCUACACUUUCACAUCUCCGGAGGCUGAACUCUCCCAUUGGGCGUGAAGGAAAAUUGGCAAAACCCCGCCAGUUGCAUAAUUCACAUUGGGGAAUGAUGUGUCCUGCUGAAACACCAGAAGGACAAGCUUGUGGCUUGGUGAAAAAUCUUGCCUUGAUGGUAUAUAUCACUGUUGGUUCUGCUGCAAAUCCAAUUUUGGAAUUUUUGGAGGAGUGGGGCACAGAAAAUUUUGAGGAGAUAUCACCAGCUGUCAUUCCACAAGCUGCUAAAAUUUUUGUCAAUGGUUGUUGGGUUGGAAUUCAUAGGAACCCUGACCUGUUGGUUAAGACUCUUAGGCGUUUAAGAAGACAGAUUGAUGUCAACACUGAAGUUGGCGUGGUUCGUGAUAUCCGUCUUAAAGAACUUCGACUUUACACGGAUUAUGGACGCUGCAGUCGUCCAUUGUUUAUUGUUGAGGGUCAGAGGCUGCUCAUCAAGAAGGCGCAUAUCCGAGCUUUGCAACAAAGGGAGACUCCUGAUGAAGGCUGGCAUGAAUUGGUCUCAAAAGGAUUUAUAGAAUACAUAGAUACUGAAGAAGAGGAGACUACCAUGAUCUCCAUGACCAUAAGUGACCUUCAAAAUGCAAGGCACAACCCAGAGGAUGCUUACUCUGAAACUUACACACAUUGUGAGAUUCAUCCUUCAUUGAUACUUGGUGUUUGUGCGUCGAUUAUUCCUUUUCCUGACCACAACCAGUCACCUCGUAAUACAUAUCAGUCUGCUAUGGGAAAGCAAGCCAUGGGAAUUUAUGUCACCAAUUACCAGUUAAGGAUGGACACGUUGGCCUAUGUUCUAUACUACCCACAAAAGCCUCUAGUUACUACUCGUGCUAUGGAACAUUUGCACUUCAGACAGUUACCAGCUGGCAUUAAUGCAAUUGUUGCUAUCGCUUGUUAUUCUGGAUAUAAUCAAGAAGAUUCAGUUAUUAUGAAUCAAUCUUCCAUAGAUCGUGGGUUCUUCCGAUCACUAUUUUUCCGCUCUUACAGAGAUGAGGAAAAGAAGAUGGGUACACUUAUCAAAGAGGAAUUUGGUCGUCCAAAUAGGGAAAAUACUAUGGGAAUGCGCCAUGGGUCAUAUGAUAAACUAGAUGAUGAUGGCCUUGCACCACCUGGAACAAGGGUCUCGGGGGAAGAUGUCAUUAUUGGGAAGACAUCUCCUAUUCCACAGGACGACGCUCAAGGGCAAGCUUCUAGAUACUCGAAGCGUGACCAUAGUACUUCUCUGCGUCACAGUGAAAGUGGCAUGGUAGAUCAGGUUCUGUUAACAACAAAUGCGGAUGGUCUAAGAUUUGUCAAGGUUAGGAUGCGAUCUGUUCGCAUACCACAAAUUGGAGACAAGUUUAGCAGUAGGCAUGGGCAAAAAGGAACUGUUGGGAUGACUUACACUCAAGAGGAUAUGCCAUGGACAAUCGAAGGCAUCACGCCCGAUAUUAUUGUGAAUCCACAUGCUAUUCCAUCCCGUAUGACUAUUGGGCAGCUGAUUGAGUGUAUUAUGGGUAAAGUUGCGGCCCAGAUGGGGAGGGAAGGUGAUGCCACUCCAUUCACCGAUGUGACUGUGGAUAACAUCAGCAAAGCUCUUCAUACAUGUAAUUAUCAAAUGCGUGGAUUUGAGACCAUGUACAAUGGUCACACUGGAAGAAAACUGACUGCAAUGAUUUUCCUGGGUCCCACGUAUUACCAAAGACUCAAGCACAUGGUGGAUGACAAGAUACAUUCGAGAGGACGUGGUCCUGUUCAGAUACUCACCCGGCAACCAGCAGAGGGGCGAUCUCGUGAUGGUGGUCUCCGCUUUGGAGAAAUGGAAAGGGACUGUAUGAUCGCGCAUGGAGCAGCUUUCUUCCUGAAGGAAAGGCUGUUUGACCAGAGUGACGCAUACCGAGUCCAUGUAUGCGAGAAAUGUGGUCUCAUCGCAAUAGCUAACCUAAAGAAGAACUCGUUCGAAUGUAGGGGCUGCAAGAACAAGACUGACAUUGUCCAAGUACACAUACCCUAUGCUUGUAAGCUUCUGUUCCAGGAACUUAUGGCAAUGGCCAUUGCUCCCAGAAUGCUUACCCAUGAUAUGAAGACAGGGAAGGAUCAGAAAAAGCGCUGA